CCGGGUCAGCUGUGCGGAAGGCUCGCAGCGGCGCGCGGCCGCGGGAGGCGGUGGGGCCGGGGCCACCGCUGAGGCCGCCGGAGCCGGCGCUGACGAGGGACCAUGAGCUGGUUCAAUGCCUCGCAGUUGUCCAGCUUCGCCAAGCAGGCCCUGUCCCAGGCCCAGAAGUCCAUCGACAGGGUCCUGGACAUCCAGGAGGAGGAGCCGAGCGCCUGGGCCGAGGCCAUCCCGUACGGCGAGCCGGGAAUAAGUUCCCCUGUGAGUGGAGGAUGGGAUACUUCAACCUGGGGAUUGAACUCAAGCAGCGAACCUCAGAGUCCCCCAACAGCCUCUCAAGCAAUUACAAAGCCAGUUCGAAGGACUGUAGUCGAUGAAUCUGAAAAUUUCUUCAGUGCCUUUCUCUCUCCAUCGGAUGUCCAGACCAUUCAGAAGAGUCCAGUGGUAUCAAAACCUCCAGCUAAAUCCCAGCGGCCAGAGGAAGAAGUGAAAAGCAGCUUACAGGAAUCAUCAUCUCCUGGCCAGUCCAGAACUUCUGAGACAGCCGAGCCUGAUGUGAGAGACUCCGUGUGUGUUUCAGGAGAGACUCCAGACGUGGGCACUCCCUCACCUGUACCUGAAGACAAGCAUGAAGAAACCGCUGGUGAAGAGUCUGAGGUGAAGGUGCCCACUGUGAGAUUGAAGGCGUCUGAAAACGUAGUUAAUGUAAACACAACAGAAGAUGUAUCUACCACAUCCACUCAGUCUCUUACGGCAGAAACUAAGGAUAUGGCUUUGGAACCUAAAGAACAAAAACACGAAGACAGACAGAGCAACACACCUUCUCCUCCUGUUAGCUCCUUCUCAUCGGGCACUUCCACCACUAGUGACAUUGAAGUUUUAGAUCACGAAAGUGUUAUCAGUGAGAGCUCAGCUAGUUCAAGGCAAGAGACUUCGGACGCCAAGUCAAGUCUUCACCUCAUGCAGACAUCAUUUCAGCUUCUCUCUGCAUCUGCUUGUCCUGAGUAUAGCCGCUUAGAUGACUUUCAAAAGCUCAAUGAGAGUUGCUGCUCAUCGGAUGCUUUUGAAAGAAUAGACUCAUUUAGCGUGCAGUCUCUAGAUAGCCGGAGUGUAAGUGAAAUCAACUCAGACGACGAACUGCCAGGCAAAGGCUAUGCUUUAGUACCUAUAAUAGUGAGUCCUUCAACCCCAAAGACUAAAGUAGUAGAAUCUACUGAAGAGAAUGCUGAAGAAGAGGAAGGAAACGAGACAUUAAUUGCACCUUCUGAGGAAGCAGAAUUAGAGGAAAGUGGCCGAAGUGCUACUCCAGUUAACUGUGAACAGCCAGAUACAUUGGCUUCUCCUACACCAGUAAGUGGCGGACACUCUGCCUCUGGACCAGCCACUGAGCAGUGUGAAGCUGUUGAAAACCAGCCAAAAGCACCACCGGAGAAAGAAGAUGUUUGCAAGACAGUUGAAUUUCUGAAUGAGAAGCUAGAAAAGAGGGAGGCUCAAUUAUUGUCCCUUAGUAAAGAAAAGGCACUUCUGGAGGAAGCUUAUGAUAACCUGAAGGAUGAAAUGUUCAGAGUAAAAGAAGAAAGUAGCAGUGUUUCUUCCCUGAAAGAUGAAUUUACCCAGAGAAUUGCAGAAGCAGAAAAGAAAGUUCAACUAGCCUGCAAGGAGAGAGAUGCUGCUAAGAAGGAAAUGAAAACCAUAAAGGAAGAACUUGCCACUAGAUUAAAUAGCAGUCAAACUGCAGACCUUUUGAAGGAAAAAGAUGAACAGAUUCAAGGUUUAAUGGAAGAAGGAGAAAAACUUUCAAAGCAGCAGCUGCAUAAUUCCAACAUCAUUAAGAAAUUAAGAGCUAAAGAUAAAGACAAUGAAAAUGUUAUUGCAAAGUUGAACAGGAAAGCUAAGGAGCUGGAAGAGGAGUUACAGCACUUACGACAGGUCCUUGAUGGCAAAGAGGAGGUUGAGAAACAACAUAGAGAAAAUAUUAAAAAACUAAAUUCUGUGGUAGAACGCCAGGAGAAAGAUCUUGGCCGGCUUCAGGUAGACAUGGAUGAACUUGAAGAGAAGAGCCGAAGUACUCAGGCUGCCCUAGAUAGUGCGUACAGGGAACUUACUGAUCUUCACAAAGCCAGCGCUGCUAAGGACAGCGAGGUGCAGGAGGCUGCUCUGAGGCGUGAGAUGAAGGCUAAAGAAGAACUUUCUGGGGCACUGGAGAAGGCCCAGGAAGAAGCCCGUCAGCAGCAAGAGGCAUUAGCGCUUCAGGUGGGGGACCUCAGGCUAGCGUUGCAGCGGGCAGAGCAAGCAGCUGCCAGAAAAGAGGAUUACUUACGCCAUGAGAUCAGUGAACUUCAGCAGAGACUCCAAGAAGCAGAGAAUCGAAACCAAGAGCUGAGUCAAAGUGUUUCAUCAACAACCAGACCGUUGCUUCGACAGAUAGAAAAUUUACAAGCAACUCUGGGGUCCCAGACUUCCUCGUGGGAGACACUGGAGAAGAAUCUUUCUGAUAGGCUUGGUGAAUCACAGACCCUGUUGGCUGCAGCAGUUGAAAGAGAACGUGCAGCUACAGAAGAACUCUUGGCCAACAAAAUCCAGAUGUCUUCAGUGGAGUCACAGAAUACAUUAUUACGACAGGAAAACAGUAGACUUCAGGCCCAGCUAGAGUCAGAGAAAAAUAAACUAAGAAAACUAGAGGAUGAAAAUAGUCGGUACCAAGUUGAAUUAGAAAAUCUAAAAGAAGAAUAUGUAAGAACGCUUGAAGAGUCAAAGAAAGAAAAGGCACUUUUGAGCAGUCAGUUAGAAAUGGAAAGAAUGAAAGUUGAACAAGAAAGGAAGAAAACCAUUUUCACUCAAGAAGCACUAAAGGAAAAGGACCACAAGCCGUUUUCUGUUUGUAGCACUCCCACCAUGUCACGAUCCAGCUCUAUAAGUGGAGUUGAUGCUGCAGGGCUGCAAGCAUCUUUCCUGUCUCAGGAUGAGUCUCAUGACCGUUCAUUUGGGCCAAUGUCUACAUCAGCCAGUGGAAGCAAUCUUUAUGAAGCUGUAAGGAUGGGAGCUGGGUCGAGCAUUAUUGAAAAUCUGCAGUCUCAGCUAAAGCUGAGGGAAGGAGAAAUUAGUCAUUUACAGCUAGAAAUUAGUAACCUAGAAAAAACUCGAUCCAUAAUGUCCGAAGAGCUAGUUAAAUUAACAAAUCAGAAUGAUGAACUUGAGGAGAAAGUGAAAGAGAUUCUUAUGCUUCGAGUUCAACUGCGAGAUUUGGAUCAAAGAUACAACACUAUUCUGCAGAUGUAUGGAGAAAAAGCAGAAGAAGCAGAGGAACUUCGCCUGGAUCUUGAAGAUGUAAAAAAUAUGUAUAAAACUCAAAUAGAUGAACUUCUAAGACAAAGGCUCAGUUAACUUGUGAAGUUUGUACCCCAUCAAACUAAAUGUAAACACUUAAUAUAUAAAUGCAGACUUCCAAUAAAUUCUUUUAUAGAAUUAGAAACUGGGAUUUGCUGUAGAUUGUAAAAAACUUUUUAAAAAAAUUCU